AAUUACUGCUCAGCACGUGCAUGCACGUGUGCUGAAUUCUGAUUGGACGAUUUUAAAAUCGCUAUAACUUCCUUAUAUUUGGUGGAAACGUUAUGAAAUUCACACUGUGGGUAUAUGAUACACAUGCCUGUUGAACGACAUCAACAAAAAUUCGGAAUCAUACACGUGUGCGCGUGUAUGCGCGUGCAACGCUUUCUUUCAUUUUUUGGUACUGAAAUGACCAUAUUGAACGUACUACAUGUAAUUAAAGGCUAAAAUAAAAUGAUUUUUUGCUAUAGAUUCACAAAGACAUCGCUUUUUAAUUGGGGGAGGUUUGGGGAACAUAUGUAACGGUCCCCGUUACAAUUAGAACUAGUUUUUCGUGAAACUCCCGAAAAUUCCGAAUACUCUAAAUGACUUUUUAUAGAGUAUCCAUGUAGUUCUUAAGAAUAUCCCGUGUGUUAUCAUCUGAGGAGAUGUUUGUGUCCGCUGUUUAAAUAAUUUGUGUCGAUAUUAGGUGUGCUCCUUUUGUAAAAGUGUGUUGGUGGACUUUCAAGCACGUGCUCGAGUGCAAAGGACAGAAAAAAGACAAGUGUGAAUUCGCAAAUGAAAUAAGCAUUUUCCUAUGAGUCGUGAGUUAACAUAACAUUGCUAGAUCUGCUGGUGUCAUUUUGAUCCAAACUCGAUUACAAUCCUAUUAAUUCCCAUUGUAUUAUUGUCAUAAUUUUACAAUAAAUCUACAACAAAUUUACGAAGAUAAAACGAUUAAUCAACGGUUUUAACAUCACAUACAUUUACAUAGAAAACCAACUGCAUAAAAUUGGAAGGGCUGCAAAAUUUAGGCCUAUGCUCAGCGCUUAUGGCCUUUGAGCAGGGAGGGAUCUUUGUUGUGCCACACCUGCUGUAACACAGGGCCUCGGGUUUUGCGAUCUCAUUCGAAGGACCGCUCCAUUUAGUAGCCUUUUACGACAAGCAAGGGGUAAUGAGGACCUAUUGUAUCCCGGGUUCUCAUGGGACAACUAUAGAAGAUAGAAGAUAUUUUUUUUAUAAUCAGGGAUAUUAUGCAAAGAUAUUAUCUACAUGUACUGUAAAAGUGGGUAUUUACGCGUGGGUGAAAUUUACACUAAUUUCGCUGUCACUUGAUAAGCGCGUAAAUUUCCCCCACACGUAUAUGGAUGAUUGAUUGAAUGUUGUUUAACGUCCCUCUCGAAAAUGCAUUUUCUUUCAUUUCUUUCCAAAAAAAAAAUUCCAUUUAUAUUAUGUUAAAAUUUUAUGCCACUUAGCCGAUCUCCAAACUUCAUCGAAUGCCUUUUCAAAAUCUACAUAAGUGCAAAAUAAUUUCUUUUUCUUACUCUUCAGUAUGUCAAUGAGCGAGUUAAGAACAAAAAUAUUAUCUGUUGUAGAGUAACCUUUCCGGAACACGGCUUGGUUUUCACAUAUGAUGUUAAAUUCAUCCGAUAAUAUAGUCAAUCUAGUGUUUAAUAUCGAUGUGAAAAGUUUACCUGCACAGCUUAAUACUGUAAUCGGCCUAUAAUUUCUAGGAUCGCUUUGUGCUCCUUUUCGUUUGGUAAAUUGCCACUGUCUAAUAUGAUAUUGAAUAUUUUCACAUAUGAACUUAGUAGUUUAUCAAUGGAGUAUUUUAUGUAUUCGUUUAUUAUUCUAUCAUCUGAACAAGCCUUGCCAUUUCGUAAAUAUUUAAUAGCUUUCUUGACUUCGUCUUCAGUAUUUUCUGCAUUUAUGAUAUCAUCAACGCGUUCAUUUUCCCUUACAUCAAAAUGCAGGAACUCCCCUCCAUGCACCAUAAUUGGCUUCAUUCAGAUCUCUAAAGUAUUGAAAAAGAGUAUUUAUAUCUAUGUUAUUCCUACGCUUUGUCUUCUGAUUACCAUUAAUUAGUUUCCAAUAUUCUCUUGGAUUAUUGCUUUUUAGUUAAUAAAUAUUUUUCUUCAUUUUGUUCCUGUGUUCCCUUAUGGAUUUAUUCAUUUUUUCAAUUAUUUUAUAGCAUUUCUUCUCACUUCUAAUUGUGUUUCUGUCCUUUUAUUUUGCAUGUGAGUACGUUUAGAUCUGUGGUAUUUUUUCCUAGCAAUUUUACAUUCUUUAUUAAACCAGGGUUUAUGAUGUGAAUCAGGGUUUUUUCUCCCUUUUGAGGUAUAAGUUCCGAAAGUGUAUAUAACUGCAUCUGUAAUUAUUUUACAUAAAGUCUCUACACCGUCAUUAACAAUGUGCUGAUCACAGUUAUAGUGAUUUACCAUAUCUAAAUUCCUAUUCAAACUAUCUAUUUUCUCUGAGUCCAUGUUAUCUACGAAAAGUCUAGAUUUUUCAGUGUCCUAUUUUACGAAAGACGACAAUAAUAUUAUCAAUCAACUAUCAGAAUGCAGGCAUGAUGUCAUAUCUAAAUUAACGAGAAAUUUGGGCUAAAAUAUUCUGAGGUAUUGUGUUUUUAUCGAAUAAAAAAAAUCUGGGACCGGGACCGAAGACCGGGUUUUAGUCACGGGACCGAGACCGAAGACCGGGACCGAGACCGGGUUUUAGUCAGUAUCGCCGCCAUCAUGUUAUAUUUUAAAACUGUUAAACUUUCUUAUUUCUUUGAUGUUUUCAUCAAUUUAAGUAUUACUGAGAUUCAAGAGUUCCCGCCCUAACCUGGCAAUAUUUGCAGUAUGCAUUACAUCUAUCUCUGACAGGUAUUCACAAUGUUUGGCUAAUUUGCAAUGCUUCAGUGACCUAACAGUUGUCAUGACUUUUUGCAACGAUAAAAAUCGUAUAUUAAGUAACAUUGUUGAGGGAAUACGAUGCAUCAGAAGAAUAAUAAUUACCUCGCCCGUACUUCGCAGGUAGCUACAGCAUCGUAUUGACCCCAGAGAUGUCAAUAAUUGUUGUAUCAUAUGACUGAAUAUUUAUAUUGACCUCCGAAAUGUCAAUAUUUGUUGUAUCAUAUGACUGAAUAUUCAUACUAACCUCCGAAAUAUCAAUAAUUGUUGCAUCAUAUGGUUGAAUAUUUAAACUACUAGAGCUGUAGAGAUUAUGACACGGCCUCGAGUGCAAGACUUUUUAAUUGACUACCUCCAAAAAAGAACGGUAUGCGCGGAAAUUCACCUCUUUUUUUUUUUUUUUUUUUUGUUUUUUUUUUUUUUUUUUUUUGUUCCGAUGUUAGAAAUUCGCCUCCUUGGAGUUUCAACUUGACUUACUUACUGGGUGUAGUUAUUUUGGAAUACAUUUCCUUCUCAAGAGAGUGUUGAUAAAAAUUGUGGUUUCAUGAAUUUUCAUGGGUACCUAAUUUCAUGGUUUUGAUAAUUUUAUUAUGUAAUGAUGUAAAUUAUUGAACCCUUUCCUUAUGAAUAGAAACAGUAUCUCGUAUAUCACUUCAUUUUAUUUAUUUAUUUAUUUUGUUUUGUUUAAUUCUUUUAAUUUUUUUUUUCAAUCACAAUCACAGAAAGUACGAAAAAUGUAUAACAAAUAGUGAUGAAAUCACAGGUCUUACCCAAUUACAUAUGUUAUCAGUUUUUCAUGCUAUUACGGUAAAUGAAUAAUGAUGUUGGGUGAAUCCAUCAGUAACUUUUUGGACUUGUAUCUAUCCAUGAUGACAUACUAACAGCUAUCAUAACCUUAUAACACCCCAGUACAGACGACCUUGACCAAUCUCUUUUAAAAGACGCCAUCAUACAACACAUAGCACAGCUGUUAUGCAUUUACGGAAACGGUAAUUUUCAAAACGUAUCAAAUUUGUAUUUUGUAGCAACCUGUCAUGAAAACCCCCAAGUACAAUAUGUAAACAUCCUCAUAGAGUCUUAUUCAAAUCUGUUCAUAAGGACAGCGCCACAAAUAUAGGAAAUCAUAGGGCACUUCUCCUUAAAAAUCCAAAGGGUGACCAAUUCAUAAAGUAACCACUUGUCCUGGAAAGGGAUAUGACAAUAUAUGUUCUGUGUAAUAUGGUAUAAUUAGCAUUUCCUUAUUUACAAGCCAUAAAAACUUCAAAUUAACGAUUAAAAUGUGGUUUCUGCAUGCAACGGGAAGUUUUUGUUACCAAGAGCAUAAUCUUCGGACAAUCUGAUGCCUAAAGUCUGACUUUUGAUAUACGGCUAGAAAACUCUCCACCGAUCACAAAAGUAUGCGAGGAAUGAAUUCGAGAGACAUUGGUUAUCGGGCACAUGGAGUGUAUGUAUUGGUUCUACUUGGACUGUUCACAGCGAUCACUAAUGGCUGCCCAUCUGUCUGUCAGUGUGCCGAGGACAUCGCGGAUUGUUCAAACAAAAACCUUUCUUAUAUCCCAUACCUUCCAAACCCAUUUCGAAAAAUUUAUCUUUCGGGAAAUUUCUAUCAGAAUAUCACGAGUCGAACAUUCCACAACAUAUCGGCGAAUGUGUACUUUCUUGACGUUUCUAACUGCAAAAUUCGACAAAUUUCUUCUCAAGCCUUUGCAGGACUACAACAACUCAGAUUAUUAAAUAUCAGUUACAAUAAGUUUGGGCAAGAUCAAAUAUCCGUAUCAAGUAUAUUUUCUUUAAAUAUUUCAAGUCUGGACCUCUCAGGAACGAAUACAAAUCUUGAUUUUUUCGCCAGUAUUGAAUGUUUUUCACUUGAAAAACUAUUUUUAAAGAAUAAUCAAAUCAACGGAGUUGUUAAUGGUUCCUCUUUCGUGAAUAUGCCAAACAUCCGGGAACUGGCUUUAGAUGACAAUGGAAUUUAUAAUAUAUCCGUUGAAGGGUUGAAAAAACUAUCAAAUCUUUCCUUGAAAUUGAAUGAAUUCAUAUUUUUUCCAAAAUUUUGCGAUUCCUCCAAUGGAUCUCUAACUCCAUCAUUAGUUUAUUUGGAUCUCCAGCAAAAUCACAUUUCAAACUUGAUAUACCUAUACAAGGCCCACAGGUGUGUGAGGUCGCUCACUCAUUUGGUCCUGUCUUACAAUCCGAUCAGAAUUCUGAGAAACGAAACAUUUGCUGGACUACCAUGUUUAACACACUUAUAUCUUGACAAUCUGUUUAGCGUUGAAAUGAUCAUCGAAGACAUGUCGCUGGCGUCGGACACUCUUCAAGAACUCUACAUCGGAAACAUUGGUGCAAAGACCCCCCCAAGAUUCCGUGCAAACUAUGUUUUCAAAAACUCGAGUGAGUUAGUAAAACUAGACAUGUCGCACAUGUACUUGAUGGAAUCCAAUGUAACGUCCUUAUUACAACCAUUAAUCAAACUAAAAGAACUUAUUCUGUAUGGCUGCCGACUACUAGAAAUUCCACCCGCAAUUUCCAGAUUGUUUAAUCUUACAUCAGUGAAUCUGGGAAACAAUUACAUUGGGUCGUUUUCUUCUCAUUUAUUUGAAAACUUAAAGCAUCUUAAAAAGUUAGCUUUAUUCGCAAACAGGAUUAGUGUCAUUGAUACCAACUCCAUUUCUCCGGCAGUGCUGAGUCGUCUUCAUGAAUUGGACGUCCGUUGGAACCCCUAUGCAUGUACAUGUGAUUUGUAUUGGUUUAUAAACCACAUCAUGAAAGAAAAGAAAACUAUUUUAAUCAGUAGUGAUCCAUCGGAUUACAGAUGCUCUUCUCCGAUACAUAUGUACAAUCGCACUCUAUCAAGUUAUGAUCCGUCAUAUUAUCAGUGUCAUUCUUUGACAACUCAGGAAGUAGUUGUGAUUGCGACAAGCUCUACUUUCGUUUUACUGAUCAUGCUGGUCGUGUUUUACAAGAAAUACAAAUGGCACAUCAAAUACUACCUUUAUCUGCUUCGAUCACGCAAAGGUUACGAGAGAAUCGGUGGAACGGAUGACGAAACAUUUUUGUUCGAUGCUUUCGUCGCAUACAAUGAAGACGAUCGUUCUUGGGUCAUCUCAAACUUGAUGUCGGAGCUCGAGGGUAAAGAGCAAUACCGACUGUGUCUUCAUGAGAGAGACUUCCUCCCCGGGAAGACGAUUUUCUCUCAGAUAUCCCACACCAUACAAAGAAGUAGAAAGGUUAUUCUAGUGAUAUCAAACAGCUUUGCUAAAAGUCAGUGGUGUCAAUAUGAGACUCUGGUGGCGCAAAACCGACUGAUUGAUGACGGCGCCAAUGUAUUGAUUGUCGUGUUACUGGGAGAAAUUCAGAGCAAAUUCAGGACGGAAUCUUUAUACAUGCUACUUAAAACUAUGACAUACAUAAGAUGGCCUCCUGCUAAUUCGCCUGGAAGGGAAUUGUUCUGGAAUAAGGUUAAACUUGCAAUGAAGCCAUAAUGCAUCAGCUGCACACACAUAUAUAUAACACCAGUGAUAAUGUGAAUACUUAUAGUCCCGACAACAAUCCUUUUCAACGUCGUUGCUGACAUCCCCCGAUCAUCGAGUUUCAAACACUAUAUUUCGCUUUGAAAACGAACUCUACCACAUUUUGAUGCUUUAAAGUUGUAGUUUUUCCAAGUCUUUGGCAAGUUUUAACAAUAUUUUCCUUCAAUAAAGGCAGGAAAACAUCAGUUCGUCGCGCAAGUCAUUAAUUUCUUUAUUGUCGGAGAUUACAACAGCAGAUGCGGGUUCCAUUCAUUUCAGGGUUUCAGGUCUAUCAAUCAGCGUUAAGACUUUCACAGAUACUACUUUCUCAGUAAUCUUAGUUGACUGAAAUGAACGCACUGAUCAUGAUUUGAAAAAGCAACUCAUUCAAAAGUGUUAGUUCAGUAGAUUACACGUAUUUCUUUAUCCAACUAUUCUCUUAUCUGCAACAAACAUUGCGAAUUUGUUUGAAUUUAGUGCUGAUUUUUGUGUCAACCCAAUCUUGCUUGUAGUAUUUUAUUUCUUCAUCUAAAUCUUAUGCCUUUAUAUCUGUAUAUUUUUAAAUGAAAUGUAUAUUUUAUUUGGUUUUUUUUUUUUUUUUUUUUUUUUUUUUUUUUUUUUGUUAAUCUGGGAUAUGUCUGUGCAUAUGUGUACAUGUAUGCUAUGUGUCCAAGUUGUUAACCUGUGAUAUGGUCUGUGUAUAUAUGUACAUGCAUUUUAUGUGUCUUUGAUAUAUGUGAUAGUCAGUUAAAAAGCUCGACAAAGCUUGUGUUGACUUGUUGAUUGUAUAUAUAUAUAUAUAGUACCGACUUUAAAUAAAAUUUACCUUACUUUCUCUCAGUCACGAUACGCUAGAUUGAUUUUGUACAAUAUUACGUCAUUUGACUUCCUUUGAAAUUUGAAUGAAAACAUCAAUGUAUAUUCCUUUUACAUCUACUCAUUAAAACAUUAUUUCAUUA